AUGUGGUUAGUUGCGAAAAACAGUUCCCUGCUGUCGCCUGAUCUGACGCUGAUCAUUUUGCAUAUUUCCUUAAGAAAUUUAAGGGUGUUGGGGUUCAUCGAGCCAAGAACCUCGAUGCAUAUUGGCAAGAAUUCCAUCGAAGGGAGGGCGUUCCCAUAUCUUUUCAUUUUCUCGUCCGCUGCCCUGGCCGCGGCCAAACCGCAUUCUUUACUUGUCAGGUUUACGUAUCGUUCGGCGAGGGUGCCAGGGACCGUAACAUCCCACGCCAAACAUCUGCCGGCUUUCCAAGGUAUUAGCGUGCAUCCGUCCGGGCGCCUACCAUCAUGCGCAGAAAUGCCGAAUGGUUCCUUGAGAACCGGGAUUGAAGCCUUGGAGAAGAGCCGACAAAUGUAA